CAAGGAACUUAUAGUACUGUUUAUAAGGCACGUGAUGUGACUAAUCAAAAGAUUGUUGCAUUAAAAAAGGUAUAUUUUGACAGUCUUAACCCUGAGAGCAUCAAGUUUAUGGCUAGAGAAAUCCUUAUUCUUCGUAGGCUCAACCAUCCAAACAUAAUAAAGUUGGAUAGCUUGAUAACAUCAGAGACAUCCCACAACUUGUACCUUGUUUUUGAGUAUAUGGAACAUGAUCUUAAAGGGCUUGCAUCAAAUCCUGCCAUUAAAUUCUCUGAACCACAGCUAAAAUGUUACAUGCAACAACUUCUUAGUGGAUUGGAUCAUUGUCAUAGUCAUGGUGUCAUCCAUCGUGAUAUAAAGGGAUCAAAUAUUCUCAUUGACAACAAUAAUGUCUUAAAGAUUGCAGAUUUUGGUUUGGCAAGUUUUUUUGACCCCCAUCAUAGUAUUCCAUUGACAAGUCGUGUUGUAACUCUUUGGUAUAGACCACCAGAACUUUUACUCGGAGCAAACCAUUAUGGGGUUGCCGUAGAUUUGUGGAGCACUGGUUGCAUAUUAGGAGAACUAUAUAGUGGCAGACCUAUAUUGCCAGGAAAAACAGAGGUUGAGCAGAUACAUCGAAUUUUCAAACUUUGUGGUUCCCCAUCUGAUGAUUAUUGGAUGAAAUUGCGAUUGCCACUUUCAACAGUAUUCAAGUCUCCACACCAUUAUAAGAGAUGUAUUGCAGACACAUUCAAGGAUUAUCCACAUGCUGCUGUGAAGCUUAUAGAGACUUUACUAUCUAUUGAUCCAACACACCGAGGGACAGCUGCUGCUGCUCUCAAAAGUGAGUUCUUUACAUUAGAACCUCUACCUUGUGAUCCAUCAAGCUUACCAAAAUAUUCUCCCGGCAAAGAAAUCGACACCAAAUUGCGAGAUGAAGAAAAAAGAAGGCAGUGUUAUGCUGGAGAUAGGGAGAAAAAAAUUGACUCAAGAGUUAGACAAGUAUCAAGGGCACAUGUCACGUCAACAGACAAUAUUGGUUCAAAAACAUCAAUGCAGCAAGUACAACAAUAUUCAUUUACAAAGAACCAAAGUGAAGUCUCCAACUCUCAUAGAGAAUAUGUGUCCAAACAACUAAUUUACCUACCUAAACAUUCAGAAGAUGCUAAAGAAACCGAAAACAAUCUCUCUGGGCAUAUCCAUAGGAGGACUUUGCAUAUAGGUCCACUGGUUCAUGUUAGUUCUGAUUGGGCAACAGGUGGAAAUAAAAUUGAUGAUGAGCCUCUUAUUUCGCACAGAAUAGAUCAUAUGAAACUAUCUAGGCUAAUAGCAUCUAAGACUCAAGUCUAA